AUGGUUGGCUAAGAGCGUGACAAGUACACAGAAAAUGAACAAGACGGUGAUAUUGGUAACCGGAGCUUCUGGUUACCUGGGUGGACGGCUCUGCCACCAGCUAUUCAACGCUGGCCACCAUGUUAAGGCUUUCGUUCGCCAUACAAGCAACCUAUCUUCUCUACCUCCGCCUACUGAUGGCGGAAGCGGCGGCGGAACCUUAGAGCUUGUGUUUGGAGAUGUUACAGAUUAUCAGUCACUCCGUCAAGCCUGCUCCGGUUGCCACGUCAUCUUUCAUGCUGCUGCAGUGGUCGAGCUAUGGUUUCCUGAUCCAUCUAGAUUAUUCUCAGUCAAUGUUGGAGGGUUGAAGAAUGUGUUACAAGCUUAUAAAGAAACGGGAACUAUAGAGAAAAUUGUGUACACAUCGUCGUUUUUUGCCUUGGGAUCAACUGAUGGAUAUGUUGCCGAUGAAACUCAGACUCAUACUGGAAAGUUCUUCUGUAAGGAGUACGAGAAAUCGAAAGCUGUUGCUGAUAAAGUUGCAUUAGAUGCUGCGUCUGAAGGAAUUCCGAUAGUGCCUGUUUAUCCAGGACUCAUAUAUGGUCCUGGAAAGGUCACGGAUGCAAAUAUCGUUGCACGUAUGAUAAUUGAGCGCUUUAGUGGGCGUUUACCUGGUUAUUUUGGGCAAGCAAAUGAAAGGUUCUCUUUUAGUCAUGUUGAUGAUGUGGUUGAGGGGCAUAUUGCAGCUAUGGAGAAAGGCAAACCAGGUGAAAGGUAUCUUCUUACUGGGGAGAAUGCGUCAUUUAAGCAAGUUUGCGACAUAGCUGCCAUGAUUACUCAGACAAGAAGGCCUUCAUUUGGAAUCCCCCUACUUAUUAUUGAAGCCUACGGCUGGAUAUCAGUUCUUUUCUCCAAAUUAACAGGAAACCUUCCUCUAAUCAGUCCUACGAUUGUUUCCGCGGUUAGACAUCAGUGGGCUUACUCUUGUGAGAAGGCAAAAGCAGAGUUGGAUUACAACCCCAGAAGCUUGAAAGAAGGUUAGUCCGAGGUGCUUCCCUGGUUGAAGAGCUUGGGAUUGAUUGACUACUAACAAAUACUAAUAUUUUUCUCGAGAAUUAUAGUGUUCACUAUUGAAUUUGCCGCGCUUUGUGCGGUCACUAAAAUAAAUCAGUGAAUUUUAUAUUAUUUUUGGUUAGCUCCAACACUUGUCAUAUUAUCAGUUGCCCAAAAAAUAAUUUAAAGGCCAAAAAAAAAAGUUAUAUUAAGAUUACAACGAUA